AUGACCGAUUUGCAGAAAUAUGUUGAUUUAACGGUUGAAAUAAUCACUUCCGAUGGACGAGUCAUAGUGGGAACAUUAAAAGGGUUUGAUCAAACCACAAAUGUGAUUCUGGCUGGAUGUCACGAACGUAUUUUUUCAGAGAAUGAAGGAGUCGAAAGAGUUGCCCUUGGAUUAUAUAUAAUACGAGGAGACAACAUAUGUUUAAUUGGUGAGUUGGAUCAAGAACGAGACGCGUCCAUAGACCUUUCCGAGAUUAGAGCAGCUCCUAUUACUGAUAUUUCUAGACGUUAA